AUGGUAACCAGCGUGCAGACGAACGAGGCAUAUGCACCUUUUGCUCAUUAUUCACAAGCGAUUAAAGCCGCCGGCCAAGUCUGGCUCUCCGGUCAGAUACCUGCAGAUGCACAGGGGAAAUUGAUUAAAGGCACAAUGGCCGAGCAGACUCAAGCUAUAAUCCAUAAUACCGAAGCUAUUCUGAAGGCAUCGGGCACUGGGUUAGACAGGGUUGUCAAAGUAGUGGUAUAUGUUAAAGAUGCCAAUGUAAUGCCAGAAUUUGCAUCAAUUUAUGACCCUGCAUUCCCGCAUCGCCCUGCACGGUCUAUGGUUGAAGUGUCUAAGCUGCCCGCUGGGGCGGAUAUUCAAGUGGAUUUUAUUGCUGUCGUUUAG